AUGUUUGUAAAAAACAAUGACAAAGGUAUUGUGAUCGUUCUCGUUUAUGUUGACGAUCUUGUUAUUACUGGCAGCAAUCAUUCAGGGAUUGAGUCACUCAAACGCCAUUUGAGUCAGGAAUUUGAUAUCAAAGACCUCGGCAAAUUGAAAUAUUUUUUGGGUAUUGAAGUGGCUAGUUCUCACAAAGGUUUGUUUCUUUCUCAACGAAAAUAUACUCUUGAUCUGCUUAAAGAGACUGGCAAGUUGGGAGUCAAAGCAGCUAGUGUUCCUAUGACCUACAGCAGUAAGUUCACCACUAAUGAUGCUCCUCUACACGAUGUUGGGCAAUACCAGUGUUUAGUAGGAAGGCUGAUUUAUUUGACCAUUACUAGACCCGAUAUUGCUUACGCUGUGAGUUAUGUUAGCCAGUUCAUGCAGGCUCCCACACAUGGUCACAUGGAAUUAAUUGAUCAACUACUUCGCUAUCUGAAAGCUUCUCCAGGAAGAGGGGUCUUGAUGAAAAAUAAUGGCCACACUGAAAUUGUUGGGUAUAUUGAUGCUGACUGGGCUGGAAGCCCUGUGGAUAGGAGGUCUACCACUGGCUUUUGCACCUUUGUUGGUGGGAAUAUCGUCACUUGGAAGAGGAAAAAACAGAGUGGUGUUGCUCGCUUGAGUGCAGAGGCCGAAUAUAGGGCCAUGGCCUCUGCUACGAGUGAGAUUGUGUGGCUUCGCAUUCUUUUACAAGAGUUGGGGUGUGAGACUACUGCCAAACCUACAAAAUUUUUUUGUGACAAUCAAGCAGCUACUCAUAUUGCCUCAAACCCUGUGUUCCAUGAAAAAACUAAACACAUUGAGGUGGACUGUCACUUUGUGCGAGAAAAAGUCCAAGAUAAGACUAUUGAGACCCCGUUUGUUUGCAGUGAAGACCAGUUAGCUGAUAUUUUUACUAAAGCACUGCCCAGGGGAUCAUUUCAAGUCAUGAUGAACAAGUUGACCUCAGAUGUUGUCUUCGCUCCAACUUGA